ACCUGUAAAAUUUAUUAUGCCGCAUUAUGUUUUAGUUUGAAUAUAUGAAAUCACGAUUUCUUUUUUACAUGAGGUACUUUUCAGAUAUCAAGUACUAUUUUUAAAUUGUUCAUCUGAGUGGAAAGACGGGUACAAAUUAUUAGCAACAGAACGCAUUUGUAACAGGUUGUAAAACACCGUUGAUGUGAUGCUGUGGCGCUGACAUUUCAAAAAGAUGGUACCGGGAAGGACUUUGUUGUUGGUUUUAAUCUACCAGCUUCAAACACUGUGUUACUCACAAGAUACCGGAGAUGUGAGGCUAUUCAAAGGAAAUGAAAAUUCAAUAGGUAUUGUUCAGCUAUACCAUAACAAUACAUGGACAACCGUCUGUGGUCAUACCUUCACGGACCAAGCAGCACAGGUCACCUGCAGACAGCUCGGCUUUGACCGCGGGACCGCCCUGCCACUUGGAGCUUUCGGCGACUUCUAUCACAAGGAUAUCGUGCCAUAUGUCGGACAGUUUCAAGAAUGUGUAACAGGACAAGAAAGCAAGUUAGUGGACUGCAAGUUUACAGAUGUUUCGACCUGUCCCAGUUCAUGGACUGCCUAUGCGAGUGUCGUCUGUAAGAGCGGACAAAAACCUCAGGAUCCAGAUGUUCCGGUAAAACUUGACACUGAUCGGUCGUUUCCGGAAGCUGGCUAUUUUUCUUCUGUACAAGUAUAUGAAAGUGAGAUUUGGGGCCGCGUGUGCGGUCUGUUCUGGGACGACAACGAUGCUGGAGUUCUCUGUCGACAACUGGGUUAUCAUGAUGGUGUAGCUACAUACAGUAGCGCUAGUUUGACCGUUCCACUUUUGAUAUCUGAAAUAAAUUGUGUUGGAAACGAAACGAAUUUAUCGUCAUGCCCUCAGGCUAACUCAAUUUGUUAUGGCAACAGAUCGGCUGCAGUUGUAUGUUAUCAGAAAGAAAACCAAGGUCCUUCGUUGUCUCUAGUCGGCGGAAAGGCUAAUUAUGGUAAAGUAGUUCUAAGUAUAGAUGGCCAAAGUGGACUGAUAUGCAACACGAGUAACUAUAACAACAUUUCAGUACCAUGGGGGUAUAAAGAAGCAUCAGCUGUAUGCCGACAGCUCGGGUACACAUCGGGAGGUGUAUUACAAGAACAGUAUGAGACUGGGGCCGUUAAAAGUGUUGUCCUGGACGGUGUCUCGUGUUUAUCAGGGGAAGAAGAAUCGCUGCUGCGUUGUCGACAUGGUGGGUGGGGUGACGUCUCUACACAGUGCAUGGAUGAAGCUUUUGGCGUCUCUGUAUAUUGCUACUCAGAAGUACGUCUGGCUGGAAGCGGGGUACUAGAGACAGAGCAGCUGUACUUCGGACGCGUUGAGAUGUAUGACGCUGGUUUAUUCUAUGGUGUCUGUGCGAAUGCUUUCUCUCCGACGGUUGCCAUGGUGACAUGUAGACAGUUUGGAUUUGCCCAGGCAGAGAUUAUGCUUCCGGGUAGCUUUGGUUCUAGCUUCCAAAAAUAUACUAGCAUAUCAAAUAUAACGUGCAACGGGGAUGAAGAUCGAAUCGCCAACUGUACCUAUAGUCUAGGUCAGUGUGAAGGUGACAACACCUUACAUGCUGCCUUGCUUUGUAAACAACCAUCUACUCCUGAUAGCUAUACGUUUUCUCUGUCUGAAAAUUACUAUGGUGAUGUUCUUGUGAAACGUUAUGGUAUUACUGGACACGUUUGUCGGGAGGGUUGGGACGACAACGAUGCUAAAGUGAUGUGCAAAAAGGCGGGGUACGCCUCCGGUAUCCGGCUUAAUACUUAUAAUUUCGUCAGAGACACGCCUUUCUGGUCCAGUAAUUUUUCCUGCAAUGGGCUAGAAACCAGUCUUGCAGAUUGUGGGUACCAGACCGAUAUGUCGACAGACUGGUACUGUGCCAAUGAUAAAGUUUCUGCCGGUGUACUGUGUUUUCUAGAUGAGCCACCAGAAAAGUUGGUGCGGCUAGCAGACGGUAUAUCGGACGAACAUGGAAGAGCUGAAGUGUUCAAUGACGUCACUCGCUGGGCGACGAUAUGUGAUAGAUCAUGGGGUAAUAAUGAUGCAAGGGUUUUCUGCAGACAAGCCGGUUUUGCUGAUGGGCAAGUACAUACGUGA